AUGUUUGACGACCAAGACCUCGGCUUCUUUGCCAAUUUUCUUGGGAUUUUCAUCUUCAUACUGGUGAUUGCUUACCAUUUCGUCGUGGCAGACCAAAAAUUCGAAUGAAAACGAGUUUUUUUCUUUGUUAGUUCUACUAAACAGUUACAUGUAUCGGAAUCAAGAUGUCUUUAGCAUCCGUAGGUCGAGUUGCUUCGUCAGUAAUGUAUUUUGACAAUGUCGUUUUGAAUAGAUAAAGACUUGUUUUCGUAGUGCUUUCAUCAUGCAAGUGACGUGUUUAUAGCAUAUAGCUUUUAUCCGCAGGUCUUCUCUCUGGCUUGGUCGCUUUAACAAUUC